AUGGCUGUCCCUUUUCCUCCAAGCCAUCGGCUCACAGCUAAGGAAGUGUUCGAUAAUGAUGGAAAACCCCGUGUGGAUAUUUUAAAGGCACAUCUUAUGAAGGAAGGGAGGCUGGAAGAGAGUGUUGCUUUGAGAAUAAUAACAGAGGGUGCUUCAAUUCUCCGUCAAGAAAAAAACUUGCUGGAUAUAGAUGCUCCAGUUACAGUUUGUGGGGACAUCCAUGGACAAUUCUUUGACUUGAUGAAACUGUUUGAAGUGGGAGGCUCUCCUGCCAACACGCGGUAUCUCUUCUUAGGGGACUAUGUGGACAGAGGGUACUUCAGUAUUGAAUGUGUGCUGUAUUUGUGGGCCUUGAAAAUUCUUUAUCCCAAAACACUGUUUUUACUUCGUGGGAAUCAUGAAUGUAGACAUUUAACAGAGUAUUUCACAUUUAAACAAGAAUGUAAAAUAAAGUAUUCAGAACGGGUAUAUGAUGCCUGCAUGGAUGCCUUUGACUGCCUUCCAUUGGCUGCUCUGAUGAAUCAACAAUUCCUAUGUGUACAUGGCGGCUUGUCUCCAGAGAUCAACACUUUAGAUGACAUCAGAAAAUUAGAUCGAUUCAAGGAACCACCUGCAUAUGGACCUAUGUGUGAUAUCCUGUGGUCAGAUCCCCUAGAGGACUUUGGAAAUGAAAAGACUCAGGAACAUUUUACUCACAACACAGUCAGGGGUUGUUCAUACUUCUACAGUUACCCUGCUGUAUGUGAAUUCCUCCAGCACAAUAACUUGUUAUCUAUACUCCGAGCCCAUGAAGCCCAGGAUGCUGGGUAUCGUAUGUACAGGAAAAGCCAAACAACAGGCUUCCCUUCACUAAUUACAAUUUUUUCAGCACCAAACUAUCUAGAUGUAUACAAUAACAAAGCUGCAGUAUUGAAAUAUGAGAACAAUGUUAUGAAUAUCAGACAGUUCAACUGCUCCCCUCAUCCAUACUGGCUUCCAAAUUUCAUGGAUGUGUUUACCUGGUCUUUGCCAUUUGUUGGAGAGAAAGUGACAGAGAUGCUGGUAAAUGUGCUGAACAUCUGUUCAGAUGAUGAAUUAGGAACAGAGGAAGAUGGUUUUGAUGGAGCAACUGCUGCAGCACGAAAGGAAGUCAUAAGGAAUAAGAUCAGAGCAAUAGGAAAAAUGGCCAGAGUUUUCUCUGUGCUAAGAGAAGAGAGUGAGAGUGUGCUGACACUGAAAGGUUUGACUCCAACGGGAAUGCUGCCCAGUGGUGUGCUCUCUGGAGGAAAGCAAACUCUGCAAAGCGCUACUGUUGAGGCUAUUGAGGCUGAUGAAGCUAUCAAAGGAUUUUCACCGCAGCAUAAGAUCACUAGCUUUGAAGAAGCGAAAGGCUUAGAUCGAAUUAAUGAGAGGAUGCCUCCUCGCAGAGAUGCCAUGCCAUCUGAUGCCAACCUUAACUCCAUCAACAAGGCAAUCUCCACAGAGACUAAUGGCACUGACAGCAAUGGCAGUAAUAGCAGCAAUAUUCAGUGACCAUUUCCUGUUUUGUUGAGCUGCAGGGCAUGAUGGGAUUACUGCACAUCAGCAGUUGGAUGUUCUUGCCUCUGAUAAUAGCUUACUUGCUCUGGGGGCCAGGUGUUGGAUUCAGUUUACAAUAUCAUCUAUGAAGAGAUAGUAAACUUUAUUUUGGUGGGUGGGGUGGGGGUGGGGGCGAAACACCUCCUUUGGAUAUGCCUUUAAAAUGCUUGUAGAAAAAUGAAAGCUAAUGCUGGUAUAUAUUGCAAAGUUAGGGGAAUGAACAUGUUUUCCUACUGCAUUUGGGAACUUCUAGAUAUGUUACUGAAAGGCCUUUUAUUAUGUUACUGGACAUGAAAACUUUGUUUAAUUUCUUACUAACUAUUGUACGUUUACAGUUGCAGCACUAAACAUGGAUGACAUCAAAACAUUUUUAACAAAAUGAUGUA